GCGUUAUCGAAAUCAAACGCCAUCCACCAAAAAUCCCCUCAAGAUACCAAUUAUACUUCACUUCCCAGUCCAAUCCAGAAAUAUAAAAUGGCACCCCGCAAAAGAAAGCGAGCGAGGGUAGAUUCGAUUUCUGAACAGUCCCCUUCACCGAGUCCUAUAAUUUUCCGCAUCCCCGGCCAAACCCCCGAUACUCUCUUGAGCGUUCUCGGUCAGGACUAUCACGUCCAUUCAAUGCUCUUAAAGCUACACUCGAACUACUUCAGACGCUUCCUAGAUUCCCCAGACAAAUCUGGAGAGCGAGCUUCCCAUGAUUUUCGAUAUCACUACAUUACCGUUUUCGACGAUGAUGAAUGUGGCUGGUCCUUGGAGUCCGUUGAAAAGGUCAGAUCAGGUUGCUCGUUUGACUGGCUUGUUUUCAACCAUUUGGCAACGCAGAAUGCUAACAGCCCUGAUGUCCUAGGCUACCCCAGCAACACCAGCAGAGGUCUCUCGCUAUUAUUGCCGAGAAGAAGAAUCCACGGCGUUUCAUCACCUCUUAUGCACGAUGUACAACAGAAAAUAUGCGAUCCAGAAUGUCUCUGCAUUGAAGUCGCUGACGAAAAUAGCCGACUUCUUCUGCGCCUUGCCCAUAGUUUCUGCGACCAUUGUCGAGACAGUAAUGACUGGUCCUAUGACCAGAACGAGGAUGGAAGAAUGGAGUUCAAGAAGCGAAUUUUCACGGAACGCCUGCGAAAUUAGCAGAAUUGCACAAAAGCUUCGCAAUCCUAUUCUCUUCCGAGACGCAAUUAUCGAGGUCGUGAGCCGAUGGGACUUCCAUCAGGAAUUUUUGUUCGAGAUAGGCAUCAAAGCCUCUGAUUUCUUCGAUGGUUCAACCCUCCAACUGAUUGAGAGAGAAUACACACAGGUUGCCAAACUUCUAGUCAGGUGCAGCCAUCGCCUCCUACUUCGUAUACUCGACGGCCGCUUUUGGGAAAUUGGAAAAAGGGUCCCUGCACCCGAAGACGAAUCGGCAUGGCGCAGCGCAGAUUUUUAUUAUCGAAUCAGACUAAGGAUCAUCGAGAAGUUAGAAGGCAUAUAUUAUCACUUCGUUCGGCCAGAAACCAGAGAAGCCUUGGAUAAGCUGAGACAGUCAAUAGAUGAGUUGAUACAGAACAACUUGGUUUUAGAUCAGUCCCACUGUGGUCCAGGAGAACUUGGAAUGCAUGAGCACGCCUUUUUGUGUGCAAAGAUCUCUGAUGAUGAUUUGCCUUGGGACACUUCGGAGAUUGACUGGUAGGAAGGCGGGAUGCAUGCUUAAUGUACAUCUGUCUUAAAUGUUAAUCUUAUUUGGUUCUAGGGAUUUGGUGGAUUAUUGGUCUUGAUUUGGUUUCCUUUCUUAUCGAUUGUUAAUAGACAAGGGAGUCAUGAGUAUUGAGUUGGGGUUGAGACUCCAGAGGCACAAGCCAGCUUUGUAAAGAUUUCAAGGUUGUCGUUGAUGGGUAUCGAAUCACCAAUGUCAUCUCGAAAGAGAGUACAAGUUGAGACUCAACGCUUAUGCUAAAAUUUUCGGAGUCUCCGUUGAACCUGGAGUUUGCCAAACAGAUUACAUCAGAUAAACCCAUAACGCGGAGUACGCAGCUUCCAAUAGCCAUCUGUCAGCUAAGCGAGGAUCGUGGGGCUCCCUUCAAACAAGCUUAGUGGGUACAGAAAACAUCUUCACUCUGCC